CACCGUUUGUGCCCCCAGAUCAAAAAGAAGGAGGGGCAGCUUUUGCAGCGGGAUAGAGUUGGCUUUUAUGCUUUACGGCGUACAUCAUUCGUACAGGUACAUGGCUAUGGCCCCAUGGGGGAGAACAGAAAAAGUCUCUUUGGGUUGGGACAAGCCGAGCCAUCGAGAGGUCCCCUGCAACCUCUACUUCUUUGGCCCUCAUGUGGUGUGUGUGCUGCCGUAGCAUGGGGGCAGUUCACAUAGCACUCAAGCCUCCAUCUCUCUUUUCUGCUUCCCCAGGGUUCCGGAUUCUCCACACCUCAUGGCGGCGAGGGGCAUCGCGGAGCUUGGCGUGAUGAAAAAGCCAUGGGGAAGAGGUAGAGCACAAUGAGGAGAAAGGAAGCUCCAACAAGAAGAGCAACUAAGAUUUUGCCAGUUUUGGCCGAGUACCUAUGUAGCAAUGAAAAAGCUCCCGGUCGCGUGGGGUAGAGGUAGUAUCUGGCGACUGGCAACACUGGCAUGGCACCUCUGUUCGGGACUCCCUAGCUGUUACUGGGCGGUCAGACAGGGGGUUUGACGCCACGGUUCCGCUUCCCAGUGUUCGGGUUUGGUUCCCCGGUAUAUUUUUCCCAAGACUUCCGUGCCGAAAGAAGAGAGAAUUGGAGGGUACUUCACGAGGAACAAAGACGGGCUAUGGAACCUCUCUUGUGUGGGGGUUUCCAUCUGUGUUGCAACGCUUCCAACACAAGAAACCGAAACCUGGGACAUGAAUUCACCGAGUCAGGCUUGGUUCUGUCUGGUUCAUCGUGGCUUGACUGCCACUGCCGACGGAACACCGUCUGUGGUCCACAUAUACUUCGUACUCUCCAUGCCAACGUCACCUGAGAUGCCGAGUGUCGAAGACUAGUGGAUGGGAGCCGAGCGGCACGGACCAUAUCGGAGACAAGCUUCUGUGUUAUCCGUGGUGACGACAGAUCGAUCAGCCCGCUCCCCACAUCUCCAUCUUUUUGGUGUCGUGAGCUGUCACGAGCCUCUACUGCUCGUACUGGACGAUGGUCUUGAACAAAAUAGAGAGCAACAAUAUCCAUCUACCGAUCAUUUGGAGUCUUCUCGAAUUACACCCACUUUCCCAUCCCGUGUCAAACCCCCUGGAUCAGCCAGCAAUGAGCACUGCAUAUUUGACUGGUGCGGGGCACCAGUUUGCACAGUUGGAGUGGGGGUCACACCAUCGCGCAUCUCAGUCCCGUCGUUCACGAACAGGCUUCUGCUUCUGCCUCUCUCUUUCCCAGCCUCACAACACCUCACCAGCAGCUCCAAACAACUUUCCGGGUUGUGGGCAGCCUAUCACAGUCAGAUGUACACAUGACAACUCUUGGCCGCCAACCUCCUUUCCCAUUGAUUAUCAUUUCCUGCUCCCACCCAUCCCCAAACGCGACAUUUGACCGUCACACUGUGGGGUCCUCCUUGACGGCCCCUCUGCGUUCGGGUUCUCAGCACCGCCGCCGUACGAGACACUGGCAGUCCACCUAGCUGGGUCUUUUCCUGGAGACAGUGCUCGGGUAUUUUGGUGUCUCUCAACCCGCUGCCGAACACCUUCAAUCAAGACCCGUCCGCUCGAAGCUUCCAAUCCCCUCUUGGCCCUAAGCCAUCACCCCGUCACCACAGACCUGAUUGGAUCCGGCUUGAUCAACCAGCCCUCGAUAUCGACGGAAACUGGACAUACCACGGCGGAUCUGGCACCUUGCCGCCUUUCCUGACGAGACAUCUCGUUCCGUCAAGUUCCGUCCACCACACAACCUUCUUCCACAGGCACCCGACCCUAGGCCCCUGCCCGACUCCGGCGUGUGGGUAGUAGGUAGUACGGCCCGGCCCCACGCUGUCUUGACCAGCUGUUCGUGUCAACUGCGGUAACAGGGCAAGGCAACAGAAUGGCAGGGACCAGGCCAUACCUGCAGACCCCUGACGAUGCUGCAGCAGCACCACUGUCAUACAUCUAUCCAAUCGGGUACAGUAACUCUUCCGAGUGUGGAUAUUGUCGUGCCAGUUCAAAUGGUCAGCCAGACAAACAACGAUGGUCAUAUUAUGCGGUCUCAAGGUCUUUAGAGCCCGCCUUUUAUCAAAAGCUGGUGGAUAGGUUUUGGCGUCGGUCGGGGACGUUGCUCUACCGACCAAACCAGAAGAAUUCAUGUUGUCCGCAUUACACCCUCCGCCUAGACUCGGCCGAGUAUAAGCCUACCAAGGACCAACGACAGGCUCUCAACCGCUUCAACCGCCACAUCCUCGGAGAUACCUAUGCGAGAGACGCGGCGCGGCUGUACCCACGGUCACGCGAGCAAGCGAGGAAGGAAAAAAAUGAUUUUGACCUAGUCAGCAAGGUUCAUGAGUCUGAAGCCAAGUAUCUCAAAGGACCCCCACCGGCGCCAUCCCACGAGUUCUCGGUCACGCUAGAGCCCGAUGCAUUCACCGACGAAAAGUACAAGGUAUUCGAGAACUACCAGCGCAUCGUGCAUCGUGAACCACCACUCAAGAUAUCUCGCGUGGGAUUUAGAAGGUUCUUAUGCGACUCACCUUUGACCCGUGGCGCCAUAGUGGGGGCGGACGGGACUGAGCGCAAGUUGGGCAGUUACCAUCAAUGCUAUCGGAUCGACGGCGAGCUUGUCGCCGUGGGUGUUUUGGAUCUCUUACCUAACGCCGUCAGUGCGGUGUACUUCAUGUACCAUGAGUCGAUCCAUUUUCUCAACCCAGGAAAGCUCGGGGCGAUGAGAGAGAUUGCUUUAGCUCGUGAAGCAGGCUAUCGGUGGUGGUAUCCCGGCUACUAUGUCCACACCUGCGCCAAAAUGAGAUACAAGAUUGACUAUCGACCUCAAUAUGUUCUUGAUCCGGAGACUCUGCAAUGGGAUCCACUGGACGAGGAGAUGUUGGCGCUGUAUGACAAGCACCAUUAUGUUUCUUUGUCGAGGGAGAGAAGGCGGCAGCAGCAGUUAAUGAACGGUGACGGUGUUCUUGAUGACGAAGAGGCCAACAACAACGACGAGGACGGGGGGACUCAACAGGAAAACGACGCCCUAAACGUCAAACCCUCUGAGGACGAAGACGACGAAGAAGAAGGUUUCCUCCUCACAAGCGAUAUGCCCGGUAUCCCAUCACUGGCCGAAAUGGAAGAGGUAGACAUGGGUGGUCUCCUACUCAAGUCCGACCAACAUGACCGGUUCAUCGAGGCAUCCGAGCUGGUCAUCUGGGACUCGGAGGAGAUUAGCCAACACGGGAGGCUCAAGUCAAGGAUAGCAGAGCUGGUGGCGGCGAUUGGGCCGGACCUCAUGGGGGAAAUUUGCAUUGAUUUCCGAAAGAAAGCUAACAGACUGAGCUAGAAUCCUGGCUGGAUUCAUACUGCGUGGAAAAAAUGGAGGGUGCUUUGGGGUCUGCC